UUUUCAGUAAUGAUAUUGGAGACUAUUACAAAUCAAGAUCUGCCUGUGAUCAAGUGUGUGUUAAUCAAUCAUAAGAACAAUGAUUCUGCAGUGGGGAAAUCACCAUUUCCCAAGGUUCCAGAAUCCCCAGAAGACCUUGGGUGUGCGCUGAGACCUGAGAGGGCAGGGGCAGUGUAUGAAGCUGCCACUGUGGUCGUGGACAUGUCUGCAUCCAUCACACUGCAAGUCCUGGUCACCACCCCGGGAAACAUUUCCUGUCUGUGGGUCUUUAAACACAGCUCUCUGGAUUGCCAGCCACACUUUGAUUUACUAAACAGAGGAGUUGUUUCCAUGGUCAUUUUGAAAAUGACAGAGACCCAAGCUGGAGAAUACCUGCUUUUUAUCCAGAGUGAAGUUACCAAUUAUACAAUAUUGUUUACAGUGAGUAUGAGAAAUACACUGCUCUACACAUUAAGAAGACCUUACUUUAGAAAACUGGAAGAUCAGGAUGCCCUGGUCUGUAUAUCCGAGAGUGUUCCAGAACCAACCGUGGAAUGGGUGUUCUGUGAUUCGCAGGGUGAAAGCUGUAAAGAAGAAAGCCCAGCUGUUGUUAAAAAGGAAGAAAAAGUACUUCAUGAAUUAUUUGGAACAGAUAUAAGGUGCUGUGCAAGAAAUGAACUGGGCAGAGAAUGUACCAAGCUGUUCACAAUAGAUCUAAAUCAAACUCCUCAAACCAUACUGCCCCAAUUAUUCUUGAAAGUGGGGGAACCCUUAUGGAUCAGGUGCAAAGCUGUUCAUGUGAACCAUGGAUUUGGACUCACCUGGGAAUUAGAAAACAAAGCCCUGGAAGAGGGCAACUACUUUGAGAUGAGUACCUAUUCAACAAACAGAACUAUGAUACGGAUUCUGUUUGCUUUUGUAUCAUCAGUGGGAAGAAACGACACUGGAUAUUACACUUGUUCUUCCUCAAAGCAUCCCAGUCAGUCCGCUUUGGUUACCAUCCUAGAAAAAGGAUUUAUAAAUGCUACCAAUUCAAGUGAAGAUUAUGAAAUUGAUCAAUAUGAAGAGUUUUGUUUUUCCGUCAAGUUUAAGGCAUACCCAGAAAUCCGAUGUUCAUGGACCUUCUCUCGAAAAUCAUUUCCUUGUGAACAAAGUGGCCUUGAAGAUGGAUACAGCAUAUCUAAAUUUUGCAACCAUAAGCACCAGCCAGGAGAAUAUAUAUUCUAUGCAGAAAAUGAUGAUGCUCAAUUCACCAAAAUGUUCACACUGAAUAUAAGAAGAAAACCUCAAGUGCUGGCCGAAGCAUCAGCAAGUCAAGCAUCUUGUUCCUCAGAUGGAUACCCAUUACCCUCUUGGACCUGGAAGAAAUGUUCAGACAAGUCUCUCAACUGCACAGAAGAAAUCACAGAAGGAGUCUGGAAUGAAAAGGCUAACAGAAAAGUGUUUGGACAGUGGGUAUCGAGCAGUACCCUAAAUAUGAGUGAGGCUGUGAAAGGGUUCCUGGUCAAAUGUUGUGCGUACAAUUCUGUGGGCACAUCUUGCGAAACAAUCCUUUUAAAUGCACCGGGUCCCUUCCCUUUCAUCCAAGACAACAUCUCAUUCUAUGCAACAAUUGGGCUUUGUCUUCCUUUCAUUGUUGUCCUAAUUAUGCUAAUUUGUCACAAGUACAAAAAGCAAUUUAGGUAUGAAAGCCAGCUGCAAAUGGUACAGGUGACUGGCUCAUUGGAUAAUGAAUACUACUACAUAGACUUCAGAGAAUAUGAAUAUGAUCUCAAAUGGGAGUUUCCAAGAGAAAACUUAGAGUUUGGAAAGGUGCUAGGAUCAGGUGCUUUUGGAAAAGUGAUGAAUGCAACAGCUUAUGGAAUUAGUAAAACGGGAGUCUCAAUCCAGGUUGCAGUUAAAAUGCUGAAAGAAAAAUCAGACAGUUCUGAAAGAGAAGCACUCAUGUCAGAGCUCAAAAUGCUGACUCACCUGGGGCACCAUGAGAAUAUAGUGAACCUGCUGGGGGCGUGUACACUGUCAGGACCAAUUUACUUGAUUUUUGAAUACUGUUGUUAUGGUGACCUUCUCAACUAUCUAAGAAAUAAAAGAGAAAAGUUUCACAGAACAUGGACAGAGAUUUUCAAAGAGCACAAUUUCAGUUUUUACCCUACUUUCCAAUCACAUCCAAAUUCCAGCAUGCCUGGUUCAAGAGAAGUUCAAAUACUCCAGGAUUUGGAUCAGAUAUCAGGGUUCAAUGGGAAUUCAACUCAUUCUGAAGAUGAAGUUGAAUAUGAAAACCAAAAGAGGCUAGAAGAAGAAGAGGACUUGAAUGUGCUUACAUUUGAAGAUCUUCUUUGCUUUGCUUAUCAAGUUGCCAAAGGGAUGGAAUUUCUGGAAUUUAAGUCGUGUGUUCACAGAGACCUGGCAGCCAGGAAUGUGCUGGUCACCCACGGGAAGGUGGUGAAGAUCUGUGACUUUGGACUGGCUCGAGAUAUCCUGAGUGAUUCCAACUACGUUGUCAGGGGCAAUGCGCGUCUGCCUGUGAAAUGGAUGGCUCCAGAGAGCUUAUUUGAAGGGAUCUACACGAUCAAGAGUGAUGUUUGGUCCUAUGGAAUACUACUCUGGGAGAUCUUCUCACUGGGUGUGAAUCCUUACCCUGGCAUUCCAGUCGAUGCUAACUUCUAUAAACUCAUUCAGAGUGGAUUUAAAAUGGAUCAGCCAUUUUAUGCUACAGAAGAAAUAUACUUUAUAAUGCAAUCCUGCUGGGCCUUUGACUCCAGGAAACGGCCGUCCUUCCCUAAUCUGACUUCCUCUUUAGGAUGUCAGCUGGCAGAUGCAGAAGAAGCGAUGUAUCAGAACAUGGAUGGCAGUAUUUCGGAACGUCCCUCCAUAUACCAAAACAGGAGACCUUAUGGCAGAGAGAUGGAUUCAGAGCUGCCCUCCCCACAGGCUCAGGUUGAAGAUUCAUAGAGAAACAAAUUAGUCUUAAGGACUUCAUCACACAUGGCAGACCCUAAACAGGCUGUAGAUUACCAAAACAAGACCAAUUCCAUCAUUAAAAGAAAAUAUAUUAUCAACUGCUGCUUCGCUGGACUUUUCUCUAGAAGCUGUCUGCAAUUACUCUUAUUUUCAACGGGACUUUUGUAAAAUUGGAUCAUCUCGUGCACAAGGUGGGAAGAACCAAUAAUUGGCUUUAUUGGUGUCCCUGCCUAUAUCCAAAGGCCUUGUCAGGCUGGAUUGAGGGAAAAGUGUACCUUAAAUAUAGUAUAAUCUUGUAAAUACAUAAAACAAAAGCAUUUUGCUAAGAAGCUAAUAUGAUUUUUUUAAAUCUAUGUUUUAAAAUAAUAUGUAACUUUUUCAGCCACUUAGU